AUGAGCGACUCCAACGAAACCUCGGAUUCCGCCGAGUUCCGAAAAUCCUUGGAAGACAUUGCCUUUAACUUUCGGUCCAAUGUGGACAUUAAGGAUCGCAAGUAUCGAUUGAAAACGUACAAGCAGUGUUUCGUUGGAAGCGAAGGAGUGGAUUAUCUCUUGGAAACUGGACAUGCUCAGACGAGAGAAGAUGCCGUCAUGCUCGGGAGGUCUUUGGCCCAUGAAUUUCAUCUCUUUGAACAUGUGACCCGAGACCAUGAAUUUGCGGAUGAUUACAAAUUCUACCGAUUUGUGGAUGCCAGUGAACGCGGCACCUUGACCAUGGAUGAGAAAAUUGGAAAAUACGUUCGUUGGUCCGACUUUUUGGCUCCCGUCGCUUCGGGGGAAGCCUUGCAGCCUGCCUUUGCCGCCAAGUCGGAAAACUUGGAAUUGAUUGAAAGCAAAGAUCAGCAUGUUAUUGGUCAAGUCUGGCCUCUCGAUAAAUACAAUACCCAGCUACUCGACAACGUUCAUCCACCCAGUUGGCAGGAUCCCAAAGCCCACAACGAAAAGGAUGGAACCUACUCCUAUGAUAUGGUGGUCGUUGGUGGCGGUACAGGUGGGCUCAUCACGGCCGCUGGUUCGGCGGGAGUAGGAGCUAGAGUUGCCAUGAUUGAAGAGCACAUGUUGGGAGGAGAUUGCCUCAAUGUCGGCUGUGUCCCUUCCAAAGCCCUCAUUCACAGUGCCAAUCUGGCUCAUACAUUGAGGGGAGACAUGGAACACCUUGCCGAUGCAGGAAUCAGCCUGGAUCCCAGUGCGGUCAAGGUUGACUUUGAAAAAGCCAUGGAACGGGUUCGUCGUAUCCGGGCUGGAAUAUCCCAUCAUGACUCGGCCGAACGGUACAGCAAAGAACUCGGAGUCCAGAUCUUUUUGGGACGUGGAAAAUUCACUUCGGAACGGACCGUCGAGGUCAAUGGAAAAACUCUCACGUUCAAGCGUGCUGUCAUUGCCACCGGCGGAUACCCGAACUUGCUUCCCAUUGAGGGAUUGAAAAGCCUACACGACAAGGCCACCGCCAUCGACUCGGGCGAACCCCGACCAAUCGUAAUGACCAAUGAAACCAUCUUCAAUUUGACCAAGAGGCCCCAGAAUAUGCUUGUCAUUGGUGCCGGUGUCAUUGGAAUGGAAUUGGCGCAAGCCAUGCAGCGUCUCGGUUCCAAAGUCAAGGUCAUGGGGCGCUCUGGACGAGUGCUUCCCAAGGAGGAUGCAGAUUUGGCCCAGGUGGUCAAGGAUCAAAUGAUCAAGGACGGUGUUGAGUUUCGUCUCGAUGUUUCCGAGUAUCUCAGGAUCGAGAUGACGGGCGAAGUGUUGGACAAUGGGUAUCCCGAAAUGAAGUUGGCUGUCAUGGAGAAAGGCAACGACGAAGUCGUAGAGUUCAAAUUUGAUGCGCUCUUGUUGGCCGCGGGACGUCGCCCCAACGUGACUGGCAUGGACUUGGAAGCAGCCAAAGUGGACUACGAUGUCAAGAAAGGACUUCUUGUGAGCGACAAGUUGCAAACCACCAAUCCGCGUAUCUUUGGAGUUGGAGAUUGCUGCUCCGAGUUCAAGUUUACUCACGCCGCAGACUUUAUGGCUCGCGCAGUAAUUCGCAAUGCAUUGUUCUUGGGCAAGGAGAAAAUGUCCAAUCUGCUAAUCCCAUACGCAACAUUCACCAGCCCAGAGAUCGCCAGCGUCGGCCUUUACGAAUCGGAUCUCAAAAAGAAGGGUAUGGAGUUUCGAGUCUUUGAAAAGCACUUCAAAGAUAACGAUAGGGCCAUUUGCGAUGGUAAGACGGCUGGAAUGGUUCGUUUCCGAGUGGAUGCCAAAUCCGACCGGAUUCUGGGCGCAUCCAUUGUUGGAGAGGGCGCCGGAAAUAUGAUAUCGGAAGUGACUUUGGCAAUGCAGUCAGACACCGGCAUGACUGCUUUGGCUGCGGUGAUCCAUCCCUACCCAACAACCGCUGAGGCCGUUCGACAAUCUGGGGACCUCUACUCCAAGACUCGUCUGACGACAACAGUUAAGAGCCUUCUUCGUGGAAUUAUCUCGCUUCAGCGCUAA